AUGCUUGGCGUUUGUCGAGUUGUCAAAACUUCCGAAAUCGAUCGCUUGCGCUCUCCUUGGCCGCGAACACAUUCCAGAUAAUUUGCACUGAUUUUCCGCAUUUAACGUCCCACGAUGAGCUCCAAAUCGAAGAAAACCGAUAAUGCCAACAAGGAGGAAGAGGAGCCGGUCAAAAUUAACAAAUGGGACGGAACUGCAGUGAAGCACGCCUUGGACGAUUCCGUCAAAACGGCCCUCUUGAGUCGUACCAACAUGCGGGAGCACCACGCCAUUAUCGACGGGCGCCUCUUCAUUUGUGCCCUGGCCGUCACCACGGCCUUGGUCGCCCUAGGCUACGACUAUCAGUAUUCGUUCCCCAACUCGAAACCGGUGCUGAUCGUGUGCGUAUGUUUCUACUUCUUCCUGAUGGGCAUUUUGACCAUUUAUACUACGUAUGUCGAGAAGGGAAUUUUUGCCGUCGGAAACCAGAAGGACGAGAAGGGUGGCCAGAAGCGCUGGCAGGCCAGCUCCGAGAUGCGCAAGUACGACGACAAGUACGAGCUCACGAUUCAGCUUAAGGAUGCGCGUGGAGUGCGGGAGGCUACCGUUACCAAAUCGGUGGCCAACUUCAUCGACAACACCGGUCUGGUGCUGGACGAUCUGGUGGCCAACGAGCUGAACCGCAUCGUCAACUCGCUGAAUGCGGAAAAGAAAGACAAGUAAAGUAGGGGCGAGAUGGUCUCAUCAUUGUGUACCGAAUCUUAAAUUGUAAUUGAGUAAAAAAAAAUUUACAAACAUUUCAAGUUUGAUAUUUAGAAUAAAGUCAACUAAUGUAACUGAUA